ACCUUUGCACAUUUCACGGUUAGAGUGGAUUAAUUGAAUGCUAGAAAGUUAUCCAUAAAACUCUGGCGGUUGGCUAUUGAUUGUUUGGCGCGCUGCUUAACUAGACUAAGUAAAGCAUAAGAUUUUUGUGCAUGUUGGUUAGUUUCUAUAUUUGAAAUUUAUUGGAUGUGUACUAAUUUGUGUUUUAUUUUGAUUUAUUCGCACUUUGUUUUCGAUCAUCGCAUUGAAUCUUGUUGACUUUAAUCUUGUAAUACACUCGUCUGCCGCUGGGGGAAAUUUCAUUGCAAAUUCCGGCGUUGGAUUAACUAGUUAUGGGAUUUUCUAAAGAGUCUGAAUCACAGAAUGUCAUCCCUUCUCAUUUAGACAAGCUAAAAGCUGCUAUGGAUGAACAAUUUAUCAAGUCCUCAAAGAUCGUCAACUCUUUUCGAGGAUCUCAUAAAUCACCAGCGGAUUCUAUAUCAGGGGAAUCGGCUUCUGUUCCAAAUAAUUCGCAGGGCCUUCAUCCUUUGCCUUUUUCGAACUUAUCCAGUUCCACUGAGGGUAUCUCUUCUAGUUUAAACUACCCUCGUCUUCCAAUGCAACACAGACAAUCACUAGAUAAACCAGAUUUAUUUUUCCAAACGCGCAUUGCCUCCAAUAAUGCGCAUAGUUUUCCUUCUCAACGAUCAUUAGAACAGAACAAUUCGUCCGCCAAUUCAAUAAAAGGUUUAGGUGGAUCAACUUCUGUUAGUAGCAAAGAAAAUCUUUCAGCAAAUAUUGGUAGCCGAGAUUCGACAAAUUCUUCUUUAUAUGAGCCAUUCGAAGCUGACUACUUUUCCGAAUGGUCACGUGCGCCUUCGGAUCCUCUUGAAAGUCAGUAUCCUAAUUUCACUGAAUCUGCGUUUUUGUUAGUAUCUACUACCGAAGUUUCUCACCUCUGGAGAAAUAUUACCGACAUUUUUACACAACAAUAUUCUGCACUCGAAUUAUCUUUAAUAGAACCGUGCGAUGUUUCAGAUCCCUAUAAUACUCCGUGGAAGCUAAGGUGUUUGUAUCAAGGUUCUAUAGCAUAUAAUAAAAAGAAUGAUACCAACAAUUUUGAAAAUGACAACAAAUCAAACUCAAAACAGUUUGAUUCAUCUAGGAUACUUCCUUCUACCACUACCGGGGACACAAUUUAUAAUUCCCAACGAUUACCACCAGUGGAAAGCCCUUUGAUAGAUCAUAAUACCGUUCAAGCGGUUCUGGAACGAAAAACAACCUUAGUAUAUACUAGACGACUUCCAUUUCUCAGUCAACCGUCUCCAAUUUCCACUGGUACUUCUUCUACAGAGGGAGUUAGUGAGCCUCAAGCUAUAGGUGGUGUCGAUAAUCCCAAAAAGAAAGAAGAUAACGUUUCAGGUAAAUUUCCAUUUUCGCUUUCAUUUAAAAAUAAUUUACAUGGAGAUACAAACAAUUAUGGUUAUUGGUCGGAGUGGUUCAGUUCGAAAAAUGCUCAUGAGGAUCAGUACGACGAGUUUGAACAAAGCUUGUUGUCGCCGUGGUCAAAAUCCCCUUUGGGUAGCCCCGCCGUUCAACCUGAGUCUAAUCGAAACCCUUUUUUCCUGGGAUUUCAAGAAGCUUCUUUUUUGGAUUCUAACGAGAAGAAGGAUGAGAAUUCUAGCGAUGCUAAAGAUCUCCAUAAUGAAACAGUUAACGACUAUUUUAAUCGCCAAUUCCAAUUCGAGCAUGAUACCGCAUUGAGUUUAGUUCAUAUUCCCCUCGUAUACCCAGGAAGUGUGAAUUCUAAUUCUUCAGUUAAUCGACUUCCUGUAGCAAUUCUUUCUUUCAAAUCAAAUCUGGUUCCCUAUCCUGAAAACCUUAUAUCAUGCGUCAAUCGUUUGGUUCCUUUCCUUUUCGCAGGUUACACAAAUUGUCAAGCUACUAUGAUCCCAAGUAACCUUCCUUCUUUUCACAGUCAUGAUAAUUUUCAGCCAAAUUCUCAUGCAGAGUCAACAGCUGGAGCAAAACAUGGCGAUCGUUUUAAUAAAUCUGAGAAUGCAGACGCUUGUCAACAUUGCCGCGAGAAUACAAAUAUGAAAUUAAGUGAAGAUAAGCUAACAAAUUUUCAUUUUAUAUACGAUAGAGACACGAAGUUAUCUUCAAAAAUUGCUGUUAAUAGCUCGUCAUUAAGAAAACACACCUCUUUGCAAAGGUUGAAGAGAUUAGUAUAUAAAAAAAGACGAGGUUUUAAUCAAAAAUUCCAGAAAACAAAAGAGACGUUUCCCAAGAAAGAAUGCUUAAAGACGGAAAAAUCAGAUGAUACUCUAUUGAAGCCGAAUGAUGGUAACGAACGACAACAAAUUCAAUCUAGUAGCGCUUCGCCUCAGUUUUCUCUUUUGAAAAGCAUAAUAGACUCAAUUCCCGUUCAUGUCUUCAUUGCGGAUCCCUCAGAUGGAACCAUUGCUUGGGCCAAUGGUCGAAUGUUAUUAUAUUGCGGUCUUAGUUUAGAUGAACUAUUAGAAAAGCAAUUCAACUGCAUACAUUCAAAUGAUUUUAAGAGUUUCAUGAAGGGUUGGAAACAAUUCUUAUCUUCUGCUGAGGUCUUUACUAAAGAAAUACGGCUUCAACGCUUUGAUGGUAUAUACCGUUUCUUUAUUUUCAGAGCUGUUCCGAUGCUUGAUUGCAGUGGCUCGAUAUUACAUAUUUUCGGUACAAUGACCGAUGUACAUGAGCAAAAAGUUGCUGAAUUGGAAGUUCAGAGGCAGUCGACUGCUGCUGCUAAUGAAAAUAAUUAUCGAUCAUUGGCAGAAGCUUCUCCUCAGAUUGUGUUCGCCGCUAGCACUAAAAAUGGUAUAAUAUACGCUAAUGCCCAAUGGCUUAGCUAUUCAGGAUUGUCCUUCGAAAAUAGCUUAGGUCUAUGUUACCUUUCUGCAGUUCAUCCAGAUGAUCGAGCGAAAUGUUUACUUCCUAAUUCUGGCAAUGGAUCUGAUGUGGAUAACACAUACGUCGCUGAGAUACGAUUUCGUUCAACUGACGGCUGUUACCGAUGGCACUUGGUGAAGUCUGUCUGUGUAAACAACUCUGCGGAUUAUAACUCUAACUUAUGGUUGGGUACUUGCACCGAUAUUCAUGAUCAUAAAGUAUUAGAAGAAAAACUAAAAGAGGCGAAUGUGGAGGCUCAUAGAAUUGUACGGGAUAAAAUGCAGUACUUAUCAAAUAUGUCUCACGAGAUUCGUACUCCCCUUAUCGGUAUUACUGGAAUGGUUAGCUUUCUGUUGGAAACCGAACUAUCUUCAGAACAAACAGAUUAUGCUCGUGUCAUUCAGCAGUCAGCUGAAUCUUUGCUGGCUGUCAUAAAUGAGAUCUUGGAUCUGAGCAAAGUUAGAGCAGGGAUGGUGAAGUUAUCUAGCGAAAGAUUUUCGUUACGUGCUUUGAUGGAGGAUGCUAAUGAGACAUUAAGCACAUUAGCAUUUUAUAAAGGAAUUGAACUAAACUUUAUAGUUGACCAUAAUAUACCGGAUGUACUUUUUGGGGACCGUAACAGAAUUCGUCAGGUUGCUUUAAAUGUAAUCAGCAAUGCUAUUAAAUUUACCGAUACGGGUGAGGUAAUUACACUCUGCUCCGUGCUGAAAUGGUUAAAUACAGAGCAGUCCGUGGUGCUGAAGUGGGAAUGUAUUGAUACUGGACCAGGUUUUGAUUCCGUAGAUCAGUCGCGCAUAUUCAAGCCCUUUUCUCAGAUUGAAGCGUCUGAUGCUCGCAAACAAGGUUCUGGCUUAGGAUUAGUCAUUUCUCGUGAGUUAGCUGAGCUACAUGGCGGGGAAAUGAAGUGUAGAAGUAUCAAAGGUGUAGGAACGCAUUUUAUAUGGACUGCCAAAUUUAAAGUGGACAAAGAGUACCUUAAUUAUGAUAUGCCAGAUGGAUGUUGUCCAGUAUGUUUUCAUCCCUAUGAAAUGCCUGAGAGGAAAAGUGACUCAAACCUGCAAUCAUGCGACGAUGGAUUUGUAAAAUCAAAGUUCCAAAAUAUUGAGGUAAUAUCGCACUCUGAAGAUGCAAAUAAAAACAAUAAAGAUGACAACUAUGCGGAGAAGAUAAACAGUGCAAAUUAUAACGGAUAUAGUAAUCCGUAUGCUCCUACUUCAAACUAUUGCUGCUGCUCGACAUCUCUUGACCCUAGCAAUAUAUUGUUUUGGAAGCUCUAUCGUUCUCAAUCAGAGGGCUUGCUUUUAAAUUAUAAAGCUUUGGUUAUUGUUGUCUCAUAUACAAAGUUUAGUGCUGCUGCAUUGGUGAAUUUUGUUCAGACUUUAUUGGAUGAGAAAACAUUAAAAGAUAUUGUAUCCUUUAAGGAUCCCACAAAGGCGUAUAGUCAAUUGGUGGAAACACCGAUUCAGUCUAAUGUGAGUCAUAUAGUCUUAAAUCUAUCUAGGAACGAAGACUAUAUCUCUUUUAUUCGCUCUCUUCAACAGUGUGCAUCUUACGAAAGUACAAAAUUUAUUGUCAUUGUCAGUACAAAGCAAAAAGCGGCUCUUUCGGAAGUAUUUACAAAGCAUGAAAUUGAUCAAUCGAGAAUCCAUUUUGUUUUACGCUUAUUAAAGCCUUCAAAACUUUUCCCCAUUUUUUAUAAAGAUUGCCCUCAAAUAGAUGGAAAUGUACGGCGAAGCAGUCUAGUCUCUGAAAGGUUAGCUGGCCAACAGAAAGCCGAAACCGAGAAUUUGCGAAACGAUAUGAGGAAUUCCGGUUUCAGGGUUCUUUUAGCAGAAGACAAUAUUAUUAAUAUAAAGGUCAUUAGUCGUUUUUUGGAAAAGAUGGGAGUUGAAUAUGAUGUUGUUAUGAAUGGUUUGGAGUGUUUAGAAGAGUGGAAGCAAAAAGAUAUAGGUUACUAUUGGUUGAUAUUAAUGGACUUGCAAAUGCCAGUUAUGGAUGGUUACCAAGCGUGUAUAGAAAUACGGAAACAUGAGCUACAAGGUGGACUUGAGCCUACCUCAAUUGUUGCUUUGAGUGCAAAUGCUUUGUCGCAUGUAGCCGCAAAUUGUGAAGAAUGCGGUUUCGAUACAUAUUUAUCAAAACCAAUAACUUUAAAGCAUUUGGUUUCUGUCGUAUCUAAAAUAUAUUACCAGAGGCUCAAUUGAGACAACCAGUUGUGGAAUCGCAGAUGUUGAUUAACAGCAAAUGCGGAUCGUUAGGAAUUCCUUUCAAGUCAUAUACUACAAUUUGGUUGAGGUGACUAAUUGCUUUCAGAUUUUUGACCCUAUGUUUUUUUAAAAAAAAAAAAAAAAAAAAAAAAAAAAUUAUUUAUGUGCAUCGUAUAUUCAUAAUUUCCUUAUCUAAUCGUGCCGAAGGUGGACGGACGUGAUCUCUUUGGUAUGUAUAUUCUUUUAGGUUUAUAUACUUGUUUAUUUCUUUUUACUAUGGAUGGCUUGACAAUGUAUUCCCGUGGGAGGAAUAUUUGUAAAUGUUCAUGAAACUUUUAUUAUGACAGACAGCAUCCUUAAUAGCAAAAUCUAUCAAAGAUUUAAAUCCUGAGUGAUAUAGCUAUGUUUAAAAGAAGAAGAAAAGAUAUUUUGCUUAUGAUUGUGAUACUCAAAGAGUAUGCACGCUUUUUGUAUAUCGUAUGAAGUAAAACCACAACCUUUAAUUUUUCUUAGACUAGUGAAGUCGAAGUUCUAUUUUAUUCAAUUUCGUUCACGUUUUCAAAGUGUCUAAAAACGCUGGUUAAAGAUGCAAGCAUAUUUUUGCACGUAAUAGACGCCCGAUUGAAGUUACUAUCCUACAAUCUGUAAAAGCAUGACUUUUCUUGCUUUGAUACGCAUUUCACAUAUAAGGUGAGAUUUUUGUACGGUUCAGCAAAAUCGAGUUGAAUCAAUGCUAAUUGUUUUGAUAUUUUUUAUCAUUGCAGAACAUGCUAGUGCUACGAAUUCGAAGCCAAACUCAAGCCAGAGUGAGGAUAUUCGACAAAGCAAUGGAGUCACAAUCCAAUGUAAACCUAUUAAACUGAUACAAAAAGAUUCCCGGUGUUAAUUUUAAAACAGAGUUAAGUAAUGGGUGAAAUCGCCUGUCGUCUCCAAGUCAAUUUUCCUAACCAAACACUUGAAACCCAUACUGUCAAAUUGACUGAGGAUAUAUCUCACUAUAAAUGCUGAAUAGUAAAACGACAUCGUAGCAGAGGAAAUUUAAUAGUAUAAGCAAACGCACA